UUACAGCCCUGUUUUACAGAUUGGAAGCAUCGGUUUAAGGGCAUUGGCAGAAUCAUUUCCUUGUUCUUAGCAGCAGCCACUGCUGUGUCAGUAGUGUGUGGAAUGGAAGUCCUAGUUGGUAGUCUGUUAUGGAAACGCUGUUUACUGUUAUUGUAGUACCGUGGUGACAACAUGCCAUUGAAAUGGAAAACGAGCUCUCCUGCUAUCUGGAAAUUCCCAGUUCCUGUGCUUAAAACAUCCAGGUCAUCGCCACUUUCUCCAGCAUACAUAUCUCUGGUGGAAGAGGAGGAUCCUCAUAUGAAAGUGUCUCUGGGGAGCAGCGAUAUGGGCGUCUCUGCCCAUCUGCAGUCUUCAAAGACAGGAACCACAAGAUUUUUCACCAGCAAUACUCACAGUUCAGUGGUGUUACAGGGCUUUGACCAGCUGCGAGUGGAAGGUUUGCUCUGUGAUGUGACACUUGUUCCUGGAGAUGGUGAUGAGGUGUUUCCUGUCCACAGAGCAAUGAUGGCUUCUGCAAGUGACUACUUCAAGGCCAUGUUCACAGGAGGAAUGAAGGAACAAGAUUUAAUGUGCAUUAAGCUCCAUGGCGUGAACAAAAUAGGCCUAAAGAAGAUCAUUGAUUUCAUCUAUACUGCAAAACUUUCCCUUAACAUGGACAACCUUCAGGACACUCUGGAAGCUGCCAGUUUUUUGCAGAUUUUACCUGUUUUGGACUUCUGUAAAGUAUUUCUUAUCUCUGGGGUUUCGUUGGAAAACUGUGUUGAGGUUGGGCGAAUUGCCAACACAUACAAUCUCACAGAAGUGGAUAAAUAUGUUAAUAAUUUCAUCCUGAAGAACUUCCCUGCAUUAUUAAGUACUGGUGAAUUUGUGAAACUCCCCUUUGAACGUCUUGCCUUCGUGCUUUCAAGUAAUAGCCUUAAGCACUGCACUGAACUCGAACUCUUCAAGGCAGCGUGUCGCUGGCUGCGCUACGAGGAGCCUCGCAUGGAGUACGCCGCAAAGCUCAUGAAAAACAUCAGGUUCCCCCUGAUGACACCCCAGGAUCUUAUCAACUACGUUCAGACAGUGGACUUCAUGAGAACUGACAACACCUGUGUCAACUUGCUGCUGGAAGCCAGCAAUUACCAAAUGAUGCCGUACAUGCAGCCGGUGAUGCAGUCGGAGCGGACGGCCAUCCGCUCGGACAGCACGCACCUGGUGACGCUGGGGGGAGUGCUCCGGCAGCAGCUGGUGGUCAGCAAGGAGCUGCGCAUGUACGACGAGAAGGCCCACGAGUGGAAGUCCUUGGCUCCCAUGGACGCGCCCAGGUACCAGCACGGCAUCGCCGUCAUCGGGAACUUCCUCUACGUGGUGGGCGGCCAGAGCAACUACGACACCAAGGGAAAGACGGCGGUCGACACGGUCUUCAGGUUUGAUCCUCGCUACAACAAGUGGAUGCAAGUGGCGUCUCUGAACGAGAAACGGACCUUCUUCCACCUAAGUGCCCUCAAAGGACAUUUGUACGCAGUCGGAGGUCGGAACGCAGCGGGUGAGCUAGCCACUGUGGAAUGUUACAACCCCAGAAUGAAUGAGUGGAGCUACGUGGCAAAAAUGAAUGAACCCCACUAUGGUCACGCUGGAACUGUGUAUGGGGGGUUAAUGUACAUUUCAGGCGGAAUUACCCACGAUACUUUCCAAAAGGAACUCAUGUGUUUUGACCCUGACACAGACAAAUGGACUCAGAAAGCUCCGAUGACGACAGUCAGAGGUCUGCAUUGCAUGUGUACUGUAGGAGACAAGCUGUAUGUUAUUGGUGGCAAUCACUUUAGAGGAACAAGUGAUUAUGAUGAUGUUCUAAGCUGUGAAUAUUACUCACCAACUCUAGACCAGUGGACUCCAAUUGCCGCCAUGUUACGUGGGCAAAGUGAUGUUGGGGUUGCUGUCUUUGAAAAUAAAAUCUAUGUUGUUGGAGGAUACUCUUGGAAUAACCGGUGUAUGGUGGAAAUAGUUCAGAAGUAUGACCCAGAAAAAGAUGAGUGGCAUAAAGUGUUUGACCUUCCAGAAUCCCUUGGUGGCAUCCGAGCCUGCACUCUCACUGUUUUCCCUCCGGAGGACAAUACAGGGUCACCGUCUAGAGAGUCUCCUCUUUCAGCACCUUAGAACCAGCCCUUGACUCACAAUGUCAUAGUAACACCUCUGCACUGCAUCAUGGGGUCUGUUGUUUUUCUUCAGUAGUUUCUGUUAGGCUUAGCCUACAGCAUUUCAUACAAUUACUGGAAAAAAAGAAAAGACUUUGACAUUAUUUGUGCUGUUUGUUUGGCCUAGAAUGUCUCUCAAGUGGUUAACAAAAAAGGAUGUACUUGCCUGAGCCAAAUGUUUAACAAAUGAGAGGGUAUUGUCUAUGAAAUGUAUGAACUAGGUACAUUAUUAAUGUUGUAUGUUGGGUGUGAGGUACCUUUUAGCUUACAUUUGGGAGCCCAGUGAGUCAAAUUUGUACUGAACUUGUCACUAAAUUUCAUGUUGAAAUCCUUUUUCCUUUCAUUUUUGACUGCAGAUUACAAGGGUAGGUAGACCACAUCAAUGUGAACGUUCUGAAGGCUGCCAAGGGGCCUGAGCUACCUCCCUCUUUACACAGAGUAUUUUUGACAUAUCUGUUUACCCACCUGACUUUGUGGGUGCUUUCAGAGCAUAUGAAGUUUCUUAGGCAGAGGGAAGAAAUAAAAUAAUUUUAAAAUAUUAGCACUGUACAGGAGCAAACCUUGUAGAGGCCAGGAGUUUUUUAUUACAUAUAUCGAGUGUUUUUCCUGAGUCAGUUGAACGAUGCUUCAAACAAAACAUCCUAAACAUGUUUAUGUUUUUUAAUUUUUAUUUUUUUUUUUCAGGAAUUGGCUUCCACUUGCAUGGGAGCACACACUAUUAACAAUGGGAAUUCAGUGCAGUUGUGUAUUCUGUUGUAUGGCUGUACUGAAUAUGGGUAGUUAAGGGCUAGAAACAGUAACUUAAGCCACCGAAUUUGACCAAAUUGUUCCAUCUGAUCAAAUUUAAUCUACCUUUCUCCUUUGCUGUUGAGAUAACUUGCAUAAUGUGUCCUCUGUAUAGUCUCAGUUAAUAAGGUUAUUUAGCACAAAGUGCAGCUUCAGUAAGAGAGCUGCUUUUGCUCAGUGAACCUGGACUACCACGUUUUACCUUCUUUUGUUCAAUAAAACUUUUAACUGCAGUUACCCAGUCUAAGCUACCUCAUUAAUGUAUUUGGUUUUCUUCCUCUGCCUCACUGUCUCCAGGAUACGCAUUACGUAUAUCCAUGCGGGUAGAUGAAUUUGCUAGGAAACCAAUGCAGAAGUGAUCAUGAAUGGGUACUUUUGACCUACUUUUAAGAAACUAUUUUGGUCUGAUGUGUUCAUUUUAUUGUUAGGGACUGAUGAAAAAACAGUCCUAAUGUUUUUUUCUUGGAGAACUGCUUAUGUGUGCAGCCAUGCAAAUUCACAGGAAUCUUUACCUGCUCCAAAAUACAGUGCCCUGCUGACGAACUGCAGCUCUGAUUAUGCCAUUGUGCUUGUUCUGAACUUCCCAUCAUGUUACAAGUCAUUUUGCUGAUGAAUGCAGUCACAGGGGCAUCCUCUGGGGAAAACUGUUUAAACCAGCUUUUUGUGUUACCUAUUAAUAACAACCAAGUAAAGCUUAAUAGACUUUUGUUGGGACUUUGCUAUUUCUGUUUUGUCCCUGCUUGAUGCAUCAAGCAGCUGGAGUACUGUGGUGUCAGUUUUGGAAGUACUGAUAUUUAUUCUUUGUACAGUUUACUAGUAAUGGUCACUACCAAAAUCUAUGUGUAAGCUUCAGGUUUCAUAAUUGUUUUGGUUAAAAUCAAAAGCAAUUCUUCCUCUUUAAAAAAUUCAAGUCUCAAUUCCACGUGGCUGCGCAAGGUUGUUGCAGGUGGAAUAGUGGCACCAGAGGAUACUCCUGGAAACUGGUCAGUGAAGAUAAAUUGACUCAUCAUCCUAAGAAUUAUUAUAAGCACCUUCUUAUGCUGUGCAAAGCACUGGAUAGAGAAAUGUUGCUCUGUCGUUUAAGGAUUUGUCAGUCAUUUAAGUGUCACGUGCUACUAAUUUUUUUUCCAGCUCAGAGACCAGAUUUUAGACCCUGCUUGAGUUUAAAUCUCCCAAAAUCCAUAUUCAGUGUCUCUUAUUAAUUAGACUGAAAAGUACUUGAAGGAGUUGCAAUUCCUUUUAUAUCCUGCUCUUUGUAUGCUGGGGAUGAGGGACAGUGUUUAAAAGUGGGUAUCUUCACUGGUAUUCUCUGUUAGGAAGAAGCUUUACAUGGGUUCUGACCAUUCUGAAGUGGUUUAAAGCCAGGAUGUCAGUUUUGUGUCUGAGCCUUGAAUAGCCAGGAGCUGGUAUAUGGCCACAAUGUUGAGGGUGUUUUGUUUUGGUUUGGCUUUUUUAAGUGACUCAUUAUCUGCUAUACUUAAAGUGGAAGAAUUAUUUUUGAACAUUUUGUCAGCAGUGGAUUAAAUGUACUGCUUCAAUCAAAUUAAUCUUUGGUUCUUCU